AUGCGAAGACCUGGUAGUAGUAAUACCAUUGCUGUCGUUGGUUGUGGUAUCAAAGGAGAUGUUGCUGUUGCUGUUCCUUGUGGUAGCAAAGGAGAUGUUGCUGUUGACGUUCCUUGUGAUAUCAAAGGAGAUAUUGCUGUCGAUGUUCCUUGUGGUAUCAAAGGAGAUAUUGCUGUUGAUGUUCCUUGUGGAGAUAUUGCUGUUGAUGUUCCUUGUGGUGUCAAAGGAGAUGUUGUUGUCGAUGUUCCUUGUGGUAUCAAAGGAGAUGCUGCUGUUGAUGUUGCUGUUGAUGUUCCUUGUUGUAUCAAAGGAGAUGUUGCUGUUGGCGUUCCUUGUGAUAUCAAAGGAGAUGUUGCUGUUGUUACUGUUACUUGUGUCAAAGGAGAUAUUGAUGUUGAUGUUAUAGGCGACGUUCCUGUUGUCAAAGAGGAUGUUGUUGUUUGUGUCGAAGGCGACGUUCUUGUUAAUGCGAUCGUUGUCGAAGGAGAUGUUGUUUGUAUCAAAAUAUUUUGUGAUGCUAUAGCAUUAGAUGCUUGGGUUCCUGCAGGUGAAAAGCUUUUAAAAUACAUAAAUCUCAAUUAUUUAAUUUAUUAA